CUUGGGCUCUGGUGUGGGCAGCGCGGCCAUCUGUGACUCGGACGUACCAGUGUCACACCAUCACAGCGUGCCGUGCUACAAGGGCUGGUCUGGGUGCAGCUGCAAGGAGGGUUUGAGCUGUAGAAGUUGAUUCAGCAAAGCCACAUACCACACAGGCUGCUGUCCCAGCACAAGCAGGGUGCCUGUGUGUUCGAUGCAGGGGAUUCAGAUGGCACACACCAGAAAGGAGCCACCGGUUGGGAUAAACCUCAGGAGGUGUUUGGAGAGCAUGACCUGUUAGGGACAGAGGGACUGGAUCCCUUUUAGAGAAGAGAAACAGAAGCUUCAGAUCUGUUAACACCUUCAUGUAUCUCCCAAGUCUGUCCUGGUACAAGAGAAUGUUCGACCUUUCCUGCCUUCCUCCCUGUAGAUAAGAAGUGAGGGAUCCUUAGUGGAGGUACUGGGGAGGAAACUCCUCAACAACGGGUUAGUGGCACAGGGGCAGUUUUUGUGAAGAGCUGGCUGAGCCUCCUCAGAGCAGAGGGGGAAAAUGUCAGAGCAAGAGGUGCAGCUCCCCUGACCUGGAUCAUCAGAUACACUUGAUCUGCACUGAGAAGGGUGAAGGUGUGGGUUAACUGCCCUCUUGAGCUGCCUUUUAGCCUUCAGGAUUUAAGAAAUACUUCAGUAAUUGCUUUGUAAUGUUCUAAAGCCUGGCUUUGGCUGGCAGCCUUGCCUGGCACCCUUCGUAUAACUUGAUCUUCUAAACAAACCUCCAAAUGUCGCAAGUGAGCACAUGAAGCAAGGCUGGCUAUCCCCUUGCCUUGUUCCACAGAGCCCACAGUAGGCUGAAAGCUGCAAAAUAAGCCUGGAAAGCAGGCAAGAGCCCCAAUCCAUCUCAGCCCUUGAGAACUGGGUAAGGCCUGAAGAGUCCUGCGUAGUUUGCGGUGCCUUUGUUGUUUGUUCCAAGAGGUGUGUAGUUGUUUGUGGCUUGGUCAGUUGUUCUGUUUUGCUUUCUCUGAGAUGGGUGAGAUUUGGGAUGGAGGCCCAUCUCCAGCUGCAGAGGGACGCUGAGGUGGCUGGGGCUGCCCUUCCCUCAUUGCGUGCCUCCAGACAGCCAGGCAGAUGCCGGAGUGCUCGCGGCGGUGCCGCUGGUUCAGUCACAACAAGCGGACCUCCUCGCUGUGCUGUGCUGCAGCUGACACUGUGGCUUGCCUGGUGAAUCAUAAGUGAGUGCUGCUGAGAGCUGAGCUUUUUGCAGACAGCACAACAUUAGCCCCACUCCUUGGACAAGCUCCAGCUUGGGCGAUUCCACUCGGACACUUUAAAUGCUCCCUGUCAUCUUUGCCAGGCACAAGACUCUGCUCUUCUGCCUGUGAGCUCUUGGAGACUUGUGGGGAGCUGUAAAACAGCUGCUACUUUCACUCUCUGGUUGUUUUCUGGCUGGAUGUAGGGGAUUUGUCUGUAGAGCCUGACUGGGGGACUGUGAAAGAGGCUCUGUUAAUGCCAAACAAUGAUUUGCCAAUAAAGGUUGCCUUUAUUUUUCCCAUCAGCCCCUCAACUCUACUGGCUGCCGAGGGCUGAUGUGGAGCAUAGGUGAAUUAGUAUUGUUUUUGGAGUCUUAAUUAUUACCAGCUUAACUAGAGUGACAGUUCUUAAGGAUACGGCUAUAAUUAAUUCAAGCUGUCUUGUUUGUUGAGCAUUCAGCUCCCAAACUUGGUAGUGGGAAUGAACUUGGGGCCUUUUUUAGGAUUGCUGUCCAUCUCCGCUGGCAAAGAGCAUUGGGAAAUGGCGCCUUUGCUCCUCUCUUCACUGCCAGAGCCCAUGUGCACAGGUACAGUGUUGUUCUCUCUCCCCCACAGGGGCUGCUGAGCUGUCAUGGGGAACACCACCAGCGAGCGAGUGUCCGGGGAGCGCCAUGGCUCCAAGUCCCACCGCUCAGACGGCUCCGGUGCCUCCCACCCCACCAAGGAGCACCCGCACAAGAUCAUGGUGGGCAGCACCGAUGACCCCAGUGUUUUCAGCUCCCAUGACUCCAAGAUUCCUGGGGACAAGGAGUUUGUGUCAUGGCAGCCAGAUCUAGAGGAGUCGGUGAAACCAUCCCAACAGGCUCGUCCAACUGUCAUCCGCUGGGCCGAUGGAGGCAAAGAGGUCUUCAUCUCUGGAUCCUUCAACAACUGGAGCACCAAGAUCCCACUCAUCAAGAGCCACAACGACUUCGUUGCUAUCCUGGAUCUCCCAGAAGGAGAGCACCAGUACAAAUUUUUUGUGGAUGGCCAGUGGGUCCAUGACCCCUCUGAGCCCGUGGUCACCAGCCAGAUGGGGACGAUUAACAACCUAAUCCACGUCAAGAAGUCUGACUUCGAGGUGUUCGAUGCAUUGAAGGUGGAUUCCCUGGAGAGCUCAGAAACCUCAGACUUAUCAAGCUCACCACCUGGACCUUACGGCCAAGAGAUGUACGUAUACCGGCCUGAGGAGCGCUUCAAAUCCCCACCCAUCCUCCCGCCUCACCUCCUCCAGGUCAUCCUGAACAAGGACACCAAUAUCUCGUGUGACCCAGCACUCCUGCCUGAACCCAACCACGUCAUGCUCAAUCACCUCUACGCGCUCUCCAUCAAGGACGGCGUGAUGGUGCUCAGCGCCACGCACCGCUACAAGAAGAAGUAUGUCACCACGCUGCUGUACAAGCCCAUCUGAGCCAGGGCCUCGCCCACCCUCCACGCAGGACACGAAACGCCGCUUUGUCUGCACACACUGGGCCACGGGACUGUGUGAGAACUGGCCGCUGGCUCCAGCCUCAAACCUGGCAGGGACACAGGCCCUGGCGAUGAGCCCAGGGCCGCUGGGGCCUGUGACACUGUCUCAUCCUACUGGCGUGGUUUGAUUUAGCCCUUGGUUUCCGCCCACCUGCAGCUCCCCUAGGCUUCUGUGAGUCUCUGGGACCACUUUGCUGCUCACCAGAACAGCCUUUUCUCACGCCCAACACGGAAAGGGCUUCACCCUGCCUGUCUUCUCCAGCCUGCAAGGGCCUCAAGGUGAUCCUAGCACUGCCCUCAGCCCAGGCCUCCAGGAACGUGUCCUACCUGCUGAAGGUUGCUCUGCUGUCUUGGUCUUGAGUUUCCAAAGGCCACUUUGAUCACGAGGGGCUCUGUGACACUCCAGCCUGCUACCAGCCCCUGUCCCACAGCCCUGACUGUGGGGCUGUUCCCCAGCUUUGAGGAGGGCUCUCAGCUCUGGAGCCCCAGCCCCCUGCCAGGUUCAGCGUCGAGCCAGCAGGAUGGAAGGUACAGCCGGACACAGCCACGCUUACCUGUCACUGGGACAGCACCGUCAAGGACUGACUGCUCUGUCCCCAACACUCAGUGCUUCUAUGGGACAGAGCUGACUUCAUCUCAGCCAGAGGGGCACUGGCACAUGCCCACGCUGAAGGGGUCUGGGGAGAGCAGAGCCGGGCAGGCACCCCAGGACCCCGGCUGCACCGCCUGCUGCCGCAGCAGUGCCACGGGACAGGGAUUUCUCUAUUUAUUACAGUAUUUAUUGUU